GUGACGUAUAAUCCAGUGGACGGUUCUUCAUAAACAGCUCGUCACCCACCUCGGUAGCUUGCUAGCCAACAUAGCCGAAAGAUUCAAGCUAUUUAUACGCUUUUGGUGUAUAUUAGCUACUGUGUUUUAGACACACGCCUGUCGUAUCUACUUGUUAACCUAUUUAAUUUAACAUUUCGUUAUUUUGUAUUAGUCAGCUAUAGUUGCUGGCUGGUUAAGUUAGCACUAGGCUAGUCGCUAAUGAUAGCUAGCUAGCUAACAUUUCCGACCAUGAGCUCACUAAAUCUCUCCCCUCUUGUUAAAGAAGAGGAGGUCUGCUGGACGGAGAAAGAAGGUCUGUUGCUUAACGUUGUCGUGAAAGAGGAGGAGGAGGAUGUCACAGUAAAACAAGAAGUAGAGGGUGAGGCUAUUACAGUGAAAGAAGAAGAGAAAGACGUUUCAGUGAAAGAAGAGGAAGACGCGUUCAGAGUGAAAGAGGAAGAGGAUGUUACAGUAAAAGAAGAGGAUGCAGUUUAUGGAGUGAAGAAGGAAGGGGAGAUUACUGUCACAUUGGAAGAUGAAGAGGAGAUAGGAGAUCUGAUUAACACCAGAGAGAGACGGGACUAUCGUGGAUCCUCUGGGGAGCCUCAACAACCUCAUGAUGCUGAUGCGGCAGAGAAGAGUCUCUCCACGUCAAAACACCUCAAGAAACGCCUGCAGAGACCCACAGGGAAGAAAUCUCACUGCUGCUCUGACUGUGGGAAGAGAUUCACCUCAUCAGGCAUUAAAAUACAUCAGAGAAUACACACAGGAGAGAAGCCUUAUGGCUUUGAUCAAUGUGGGAAGAGUUUUGUUGAGUCAAGCUGUCUCACGAUACAUCAGAGAAUACACACAGGAGAGAAAUCAUACAGCUGUGAUCAAUGUGGGAAGAUAUGUUCUACAUCUGGCCAUCUAACUAUACACCAGAGAAUACACACCGGAGAGAAACCUUUUAGCUGUGAUCAAUGUGGGAAGAGUUUUACUACAUCUAGCUAUCUAACUAUACACCAGAGAACACACACAGGAGAGAAAAGAUAUAGCUGUGAUCAAUGUGGAAAGGGUUUCGGUACAUCUGGCUGUCUGACAAAACACCAGAGAAUACACACAGGAGAGAAACCUUACAGCUGUGAUCAAUGUGGGAAGAGAUGUUCUACAUCUGGCCAUCUUACUAUACACCAGAGAAUACACACAGGAGAGAAAUCUUACAUCUGUGAUCAAUGUGGGAAGAGUUUUGCUGCAUCUGGCAAUCUGACUAUACACAAGAGAAUACACACAGGAGAGAAACCUUAUAGCUGUGAUCAAUGUGGAAAGAGUUUUACUCAGUCAACCAGCCUGACAUCACACCAGAGAACACACACAGGAGAGAAACCUUAUAGCUGUGGUCAAUGUGGGAAGAGUUUUUGUACAUCUGGCCGUCUGGCAACACACCGGAGAACACACACAGGAGAGAAACCUUAUAGCUGUGAUCAAUGUGGGAAGAGUUUUGGUACAUCUGGGUGUCUGACAAAACACCGGAGAAUACACACAGGAGAGAAAUCUUGUAGCUGUACUCAAUGUGGGAAGAGUUUUACUCAUUCAACCAGCUUGAAAUUACACCAGAGAACACACACAGGAGAGAAACCUUAUAGCUGUAAUCAAUGUGAGAAGAGUUUUUCUUCAUUAGGCCUUCUGACUGUACACCAGAGAAUACACAUAGGAGAGAAACCUUAUUGCUGUGAUCAAUGUGGGAGAAGUUUUACUCAGCUAGGCAGCCUGGUAUCUCACCAGAGAACACACACAGGAGAGAAACCGCAUAGAUGUAAUCAAUGUGGGAUGAGAUACUCUGAUAAAAGAUCUCUGACUAAACAUCAGAAAAUACAUGUUGUUUCAUGAUAUCAAUGAAAUAAUGUAGAAUGUUUUUAGUCACGCCACAAUGUAGAAUGUUUUAACAUUGUAGUAGGAGUAUGUUAAUGAUGUCACAAUGUAGAAUGUUUUAACAUUGUAGUAGCAUUAUUCUAAUGAUGUCACAAUGUAGAAUGUUAUAACAUUGUAGUAGGAGUAUGUUAAUGAUGUCACAAUGUAGAAUGAUUUAACAUUGUAGGAGCAGUAUUCUAAUGAUGUCACAAUGGAGCACCCUAAACGUUUGCUCUGAAUUGAAAGAGUACUAUUUAUGAGAUUUAACAAAAAGUGACUAUCAAAAAAAGAGUUUUGAUUCAAGUUGGUGACCCACUUGAAUCAAAAUGCAAUACUUCAAAAUGUUUAGGUUCUCAAUAUAUCCCAAACUGUUUCUACAUAUUGGUUAUUGAUUUGGACAUGUUAAAACUGUGUUUUGAAAUUGCGCUAUUCCCAUUUAGCAAAAUGUCAUUGAAAAGACGUUGAAAAUAACAUUCUGGGUAGUUUUUCAAUGACUUAACUUAAUUUCAAGGUACUUGCAGCCUAAACACAUGGACGCAGUAUAAUAAAUUAGUCUAUAAUCAAUUUUUAUUAACAAUCUGACAUCACUCCAGUAUUUCUUGACAACAUUCAAGUGCUAAUUGUCUUUAUUCCACUACUGAAGAAGCAUGACUCAAAUCACCUCAUAUAUUCAGCCUGACAAAAUAUACAUGUUUUAUUAUUGCAUGCCUUACCAUUAAGUGAAUUAUUGCCAAUAUAUAUUAACAAAGGGGUGUGUACAUUUGCUUUUGAUAUUUCAUAUUUACACUUAAUGUAACAUUUAAUAAUCAUAAUUAUUUAUGCAACCAACUGACAAUUUUUGGGUAUAAUUAUAUUGAAAUUGUUGCCCUUCUUUUAGAAUAUCAGGGUUCAUUCUCAGAUGUACCAACCCACAUGUACUAGAGCAUGACAUUGGGGACUGGGCCCCGAUCCAACAACAUGCCUAUCGAGAUAUUGCAGGAGUUUGCUCUUGAAAUCAGACAUGACAUCAUGACAUCAAAUACAAUUUGAUUUGAGUUCCAAGGGGAUGAGAGUUCUAGAAGCUAUUGAGUUUUAGGAUUCUAUAGAAUGAAAAAGGAGAAAAAAAUGAUAUGUCAGGUUUGGAGAUGAGUUUUGUUUGGGCUCGUUCCAAGGGGACGAGAGUUCUAGAAGAUAGUGAGUUUUAGGAAGACGAGAGUUCUAGAAGCUGGUGAGUUUUAGGAUUCUAUAGAAUGAAAAAGGAGAAAAAAAUAAUACGAUUGUAUAUUAUUAUUUAGAAAUAUGUGUUUUUUCUUGUUUUUAAUUGUUGACAGCCAGUAGACACUAUGUUUAUAUUGAAGGGGAAGCAUUGUAGUUGAUUAUAAUGUGAAAUGGCAGUUGUUUUCUGUUGGUGGUGAGUAAUCUUGUCCAACAAAAAUUAUAGGAUUUAUUUGUUGUCUUAAGGGGAAAGGUGUUCCAGGCUUUCGUUUUUCCAUUUAUGUUUUGAGGUUGGACUUUAGCACGUAUAGCUCGUCAGCACGUAGGAGGCACUGAUUGGUGUCACCUCGUUAGUCAGUAUGUGUAACACCAGUUCUUUUGUUUGCCUCUUCUUGGGCAGAUUUAGUGGGUCUCAUGGUGGGUGACUUUUAUGUCCCAGUUGUUGUUACUAGUCAACUUUCAGUGGACACUGAGAGCAAAACUGCAACAUUAUGUUAUAAUACUUUUAUUGGAUCAAAUGGUUGUUUUAUGCAACAGAAUAGAGGGUUCUUAGAACUAUUGUGUCUGUGUGUUCUACUGAGGAUGGGCCAUCGGGAGAAAACACUGACAGGAGAUUUACAAUGUCUUUUGGGUGAUAAAACCUAAAGAGACCGCAUUCCAGAGCAUGAGUUAAUGUUUCUGUUCUAUAUGGUACCAGGGAGAGAUGACCCCAGGGCCAGACCCUGGUCUCUACACAAAGAGUACUGUUUUUACAGCAGAUAUUGUCACUGAGAAUUAUAAGUAUCUUUCAUACCAGUCUUAACCUUGUGACCCGUUCUAUACGUCUAUUGUUGGUCAUGUAGGUUGAAAGGGGUGUAUCUUGGCUGUAAAAGACCUUUGUACUUUUGUCUUGUGGCUCUCAACAAAUCAUCUGGGGGUGAUUUGUCGACCAGCCAUCAUUAUCGUAGAACACUCAAUUGAUUCACUUUAUAUGUGUACGUUGUAUUGACCUGCUCCUUUAUUAAGUGAAUAAAGAUUUAGUUUAAGAAUAA